CCCAAGUUUCUUCAAACUUUCCUCCACUUUGCGCUUCGAAGCGUCAAUCCCUAACGCUUGCUUCAAGACAAUGUGCGCUCAUGAUCGUACCGACGCCCCCCCCUCCUCAAGCUCCUCCUCCCGCCGCAGCAACAAAACCUCCAACCUCACGCUCCCCUACAUCCAGAGCCUCUUCGUCAUGCGUCAGAAGGAAGCCGCCGCUCUGCUGGGCUUCUCCAACACGACGAUGAAGCACGUGUGUCGGAGGCUGGGGAUCAGCAAGUGGCCCUACUCCCGAGUCCGGCCGAGAGCCUCGACCAUCGUCGCCGAAGGCCUUGACCCCCCCCGAGAGCCGAGCGAGGAGCGUGCGAGACAAGGGGUCGACGACGAGAGCGAGGGAGGAGGCGGGGGAGGCAGCGAUGAAGGCGGAGAGGAGGAUACGGGAGGGCUUGAGGGGCAGGGGGGCUUGAAGGAGGAGAGGGGGAGAGGGGCAUGGGCAGGGAGCAGGAGCUUGUCUACGCGGGAGUGGCUGGAGGAGGCGCUAGAGCAUGUGCAGUGCGAAUGCUGCUCGGAGAAAUCACAUUUGAGGCACAGAGGCCGUGACAGAAGGAAGGUUUUGAGACUGACUGAACAUGUGGAUGCUGCGCUUAGAGGGUCCAACGGAAGCGGUAGAGCAAGUAUGUUGGGUUCUCCCUGUAUGGACCGCUGGAAGGAGGAGGUUUUGCUGUACACGCAACAUUCGGGAAUGAGAAAGAGCAGCACCUGAGGAAGAAACCUUUUGUCCUUCU